GAGGAAAUCCUUCACGUUGGCUUUAACCAGGAUUACGGGUGCUUCGCGUGCGGAACAACUAAUGGGUUUCGAGUCUAUAAUUGCGAGCCUUUUAAGGAAACGUUUUGUCGAGGCUUCAACAACGGUGGCAUAGGCAUUGUGGAGAUGCUUUUCCGAUGUAACAUUCUGGCAAUUGUAGGGGGCGGGGCGGCUCCAAGGUACCCCCCAACGAAGGUCAUGAUAUGGGACGACCAUCAAGGCAAAUGCAUCGGCGAAAUGACCUUCAGGAGUCAGGUACGAGCCGUUCGGCUCCGUCGCGACCGCAUCGUGGUGGCUCUAGAGCACAAGGUGCUGGUCUACAACUUUGCCGACCUGAAGCUUCUGCACCAGACGGAGACGUGCGCCAACCCGCGUGGUCUGGUGGCCAUCUCCUCAACAGCCGCCAUGUCCUCCGCGUCCGACAACACGGUGCUGGCGUGUCCGGGGUUGCACACGGGACAGGUUCGCAUUGAGCUGUACGACCGGCGGCAAACCAAGUUCAUUCCCGCGCACAACAACGCACUGUCUUGUCUGGUUCUGUCCAUGGACGGCAAGAGGUUGGUGACGGCAAGUGAAAAGGGCACCUUGGUCCGUGUGUGGAACACAGCCGAUGGGCAGCUGCUGCAGGAGCUCCGACGUGGUGCCGAUCCAGCUCACAUUUACAGCCUGGCCCUUAGUCGCGAUUGCGAGUGGCUCGCCCUCACCUCGGACAAGGGCACCGUGCAUGUAUUUGCCCCGCUGCUGUGUGAUGAUGGCGCUGAAACCCCCACGGCCUCCUCCCCUUCUUCCGUACAGGGCUACGUGCCGGCCAUUCCGCUUCCUAAGUAUUUCAACUCCGAGUGGUCGUUUGCUCAAUUCCGCAUCCACGACGAGCCCGCGGCCAGUGCCGGGCACCCGCUUCCGUCCAUUGUGGGCUUCGGUGCGGAACCCAACACGGUGCUUGUAGUGACGGCGGGCGGCUCGUUUUACAAGGUGGCCUUUGACCCGGCCAAGGGUGGGCAAUGCAGCCAGUUGUCAUAUUGCAAGUUCUUAGAG